AUGCCGAUGCCGAAAGCCAUCGAAUUUGCAGAUCCUGAAUUCAAUGUCCCAGGAAAAAUCGAUGCACUAUUGGGAACGGAAGUAUUUUUCGCGUUAUUGUUCUCUGGUCGUGAAUCAUCAAGCAUGUCAUCUUCAGAUUACCGAAGUUUUUGCACAACAUUCCAAACACUAAACUCUAAUGUUGAACGUCUGUGGAAAUUGGAGGAUGUUACUACCCAACCUUCGAAAUUCACCAUUGAGCAACAACAAUGUGAAAAGCAUUUUGUAGAGAAUGUACAGGUAAAUGCCGAAAAUCGAAUAAUAGUACGUUUUCCAUUUAAAACCAAUCCCGAUGCUCUCGGUAACUCUAGUGACAUAGCGUUGCAGAGAUUUUAUUGGAUGGAACUAAAAUUGAAUAAAAAUCCAUCAUUGAAAAAGGAUUACGCAUUGUUUUUAAAGGAAUAUGAAAAUCUAGGUCAUAUGUCCCGGAUUAUGUCUCCUGAUCUGAGUCGUGCUCACUAUUUCAUUCCACAUCAUUACGUGUUGAAACCAACUAGUGAGACCACGAAAUUGAGAGUAGUAUUUGACGCGUCAUGUCGCUCAGCAUCACAAGUAACACUAAAUGACUUACUGAUGGUCGGACCAACAAUACAAAAUGAUUUAUUUGUUACACUAAUUCGUUUUCGGAAACAUCAGUAUGGGUUAAUGGCAGACAUAAAUAAAAUGUACCGUCAAGUGUUGCUUCAUCCAGAUGAUAGGCGGUUCCAACUAAUACUAUGGCGAGAAAAUGAACACAAACCAAUCUCAACGUAUAUGCUUAACACCGUCACAUACGGCACAUCAGCGGCUCCACACCUUGCAAUACGAAGUCUCCAGUAUACUGCUGAAAAUUAUCAUCAGGCGCAUGAACUAGGAAAGGCCGUUAUUCUAAACGACUUUUACGUUGACGAUAUGGUCACCGGAGAGGACGAUUUGGCAACAUUGAUGCAAAUAAAAGAAGAAGUUUCUGAAAUAUUAAGUCACUUUGGGAUGGAAUUGUGUAAGUGGCAUUGUAGUCAUUGUAACUUAAAUGCAACGUUGGAACGCGACCUUCAGCUGAAUGAAGACACAACCAGUGCUCUCGGAGUAAAAUGGAGACCAGAUACAGAUGUAUUUAUGUUCUCGUUUAAACCUAAAAAAUUGGUAAGCGUUACUACUAAAAGAUCGAUUCUAUCAUUUACAGCUUCAUUUUUCGAUCCGUUGGGCCUAAUCAAUCCAAUCAUUGUAGUACCAAGAAUCAUAUUACAACAGCUGUGGGUACAAAAUAUUUCUUGGGAUGAAGGCAUUCCAGAGAUUUUAGCAAGUAAAUUUAAGGAUUUCAUUGAUGAUUUGCAACAUUUACCACUGCUACAUAUUCCUCGUUUUGUACGAAUGUCUAACACAAUUGAAGUACAAGUUCACGGCUUCUGUGAUGCAUCUGUAAAGGCGUACGGUUGCUGCCUAUACAUGAGAUGUAAGGAUUCAUUGGGAACCAUAUGCGUAAACUUACUUACUUCAAAAUCAAGAUUAGCUCCUACGAAAACAUGUGCUUUGCCACGACUAGAACUCUGUUCAGCUCAAUUAUUAACGAAAUUAUGGGCAAAGGUACAACCGCAUUUAUCGUUUGAAAUAUCAGAAGUCCAUUUCUGGUCCGAUUCACAAAUCACACUUCAUUGGAUUCGCUCUGAAUCAUCAACACUAUCCGUUUUCGUUGCAAAUAAUCCGGCAGACGUCAUUUCGCGUGGGUGUUCGGUGCACACAUUGCAGUCAUCCAUAUGGUUUCACGGGCCAACAUUUCUCCAAAACGACAUUAAUGAAUGGCCUCUGCACUCAUCAGUGGAAUUACAGACCACACAUCUUAAUCUGGAACGCAAGAAAACGUGUCUGAUUAUUAAACAAAGGAAACCAUCAUAUAUUAUCGAACAAAUUUAUUAUUAUGGUAAUUAUCUUAAAUGUGUGCGUACAUUUUCCUACGUGUUACAUGUCAUUCAACCACGAUCAAGAAAUACUGAUGUACUCAAGGCUAGCGAAUUAAAAAAUGCUCUAUAUCAUAUUGUUUGGGCUAUUCAACAGCACCAUUUUGCUAGAGAAAUUACAUUGCUGAAAACAAAAAGGCCAAUUAAGGGUCAACUAGUUAACUUAUGUCCGUUUCUCGAACAGUUUGGGAACUUGUUGUUAUUACGCGUUGGUGGCCGUCUGAUGAAUGCAGAUGUAUCUUUUGAAGUGAAGCAUCCUCUAUUAUUGCCAAAGGCGGACACAUUCGUAGUCUCAUUAGCGACACACAUACACCGCUCGAAUUUUCAUGCCGGACCGCGAGCCUUAACAACACUCAUUCAACAAGAAUUUUGGGUCAUAAAUUGCAAGUCUUUAGCAACUCAGGUAGUUCGUAACUGUAUUCACUGCAUCAAAUAUAAACCGAAAUUGUUAGAGCAAGUAGUGGGUAAUCUUCCUAAAGAACGAGUCACAGAAUGCUUGCCGUUUCAUGUUACUGGAGUCGAUUUUGCCGGACCAAUACCCACAUAUUUAAAGAUAAGAGGCAAGCGACCAUAUAAAUCUUAUAUUGCUGUGUUUGUAUGCUUUGCAAGUAAAGCGGUGCAUUUGGAGGCUGUAACAGAAUUAUCUGCAGACGCAUUCAUAUCAGCGUUAAAACGAUUCGUUGGUCGUCGAGGUGUGCCUAUGAAGAUAUUUUGCGACAACGCAACAAAUUUCGUUGGUGCAGAUAACAAGCUCAGAGAGUUCCGCAAUUUCUUUAAUAAACAAUGUACAAUUAAUAACAUCACGUCACAUUGCGCAAAUUUACGUAUUGACUUUUCCUUUAUACCGCCAAGGGCACCUCACUUCGGAGGACUCUGGGAAGCUGCGGUCAAAAUUGCAAAAUCACACUUGUACAAAACCCUAUGA